AGGCCUCCCAUCAUUGAACGAUUUCGAGAAACAUGGAGUCACCGGUUUCGGUGGGAACGCGGGUCUCUGUCGACGGCUAUUACGGGACAGUUCGCUUCUACGGUUCGGUGAAGGGAACCCAGGGAACGUGGCUGGGGAUCGAAUGGGACGAUGCUACCCGAGGGAAACACAACGGCUGCUAUAACGGAACCCAAUACUUCAAAGCAAGACACGCGACCGGUGGAUCUUUCGUGAGACCUACAAAAGCCGAUUUGGGAAUAUCAGUGAGAGAAGCCAUCAAGAUGAAGUAUUUCAACCACGAGACUGAUGAGAAGCUGAAAAAAGAGAUCUCCGAAAACUCAAAAGAUGUGUGGCUCCUCGGUAACGUAGGCAACACUCAGAGCAACCUGAAAUGCAUCGAAUUCGUCGGACCUGAAAAGAUAUCCGAACUUCAGAGUCGUCAAGAGCUUCUUCGAAUCGUGAACUUGCGGAAUAUGCCGGUUUCCUCUGCUGGUCGAGAAAUAUGUUCGGUGGCGCCCAUGAUCGUCGAACUGGAUCUCUCGCACACUUUGUUAUCGCACUGGGAUUGCGUAGCGCUGAUCGCCCAACAGCUGACGCAUCUGACAGAGUUGAAACUCGGGAAAAAUCAUUUGCAAGUCCCUAGUCUUGUCACGAAGCAUCAAGAAGCAUUCCAAUCUGUGAAGCGGAUCUGGCUGGAGUCAAGCAGCUUGACGUGGGAGCACAUUUUACAGUUGGCUCCCAUGUGGCCUCAUAUAGAAGCGCUCGAGGUGAGCGCAAACAACAUCGGUGUGCUAUCGACUCCACCCAAGUCAAUAUUCGGAAAUUUAGAGGCAUUGAGUCUUCAGGAGAAUCCUCUGUCGUCAUGGCAAGACGUCGUGAAAUUGGCUUCUCUCCCAAAACUCCGCGAGCUGUAUUUGAAUGGGUGCAAAAUCGAAGAGAUCUCAUUCCCAACCGGCGCUGGAGGAAAAACUGAGCUUUUCCCGAAGUUGGAACGAUUGGAAGUUACCAAUAAUAAAAUAUCCUCGUGGAAGAGUGUGGCCGAGCUCGAGAAGCUUGCAUCUCUGAGAACUCUCCGGGUCAACGGGAACCCGAUAACUCACGGAAAUUUCGAGGACGUGUUCUACGACAUCAUCGGUCGCCUAAGUGUGGGCAACAUAAACCGAAUGGACGUGAGUAAGGACACGCGUAAAGAAGCGGAACUCUACUACCUCAGAAAGUAUUUCCCUGAAUAUCAAAGACUGCGGGAAGGAGAAAACCAUCGUUGCGAGUUUCUGCAAAGCCAUCCCAGGUUUCAGAAGCUUCUGGAUAUUUACGGAGAACCGACGAUUGCCGUAGCUGAUAUCGCGCCGACAACUAUCAAGAGCAGCUUGAUAUCUCUGGAGUUCGUCGUUGUUGACGAACCAUCUGUCGAGCCGAUCGCGAAAAAAAUCCCAAGCACCGUGACUUUAGGAAACUUGAAGCGAAUGGUAAACGUCUUGUUCAAGCGUAAAGCGGCGCGGAAGCCUCAACUCACAUAUUUCCCAACGAAUGGUCGAUUUGGAGACACAGGCCGGCCCGAGUACGAGUUCGGAAACGAUCUUCGCGACUUGAAUUUCUACGACAUAGAAGACGGAGACAAAAUUUUUGUCCGAUGGUGAAGGCCGCACCGUGAUCCUCAAUCGGAUAGAUUGCAAGAGAGAGUGGUGUGAAAAAAUGAAUAGACUUGUGAUUGGUGGGCUCAGUCAGAGGAGCUUGUAAAGAUGCGUCCCGAUCCUCUGUGAGCUCCCGUAAGCUAAGGAAGGCCCGUGAAGAGCUCCUCCCCUUUGGGGGAGGGGGAUCCUGCUAGGGAUCCACAUAUCGUCUGUCAAUCCAAUUCCAGGGGCUCCAGAUGUCGAUCACGGAGUCAAUGUUCCCGAUGGACGACCAGCUCAUUGUCUUGGACCAUUGAGAUUGCUCUGCCAAUAGUCGAUGUUUCACAGUGCCAAUGGAGCGCUUUUUGUUGACGAGCUUCAUUGUUAUGAAUAAAUUCAUUUUCGAACUU